AGCGAGGGAGAAAGAGGAAGAAGAUGGAAGUCAUUAACAUGCUAAUGGCGCCUCGUUGGCUGCACGGCGCCCUCCGAUAGGCUGUUGGUCGCCACGUUUACACGAUAAACAAACAGCAGCGUUCCUACGGUAUGAGCAACAGUCAGCUGUUGCGUAACUGAAGGACUCAGACGACUCUAAACCUCUUUGUCAUCCCUCUUUCUUAUUCUUGUUUUUGUGUCCUAGGCGACAGAAUGGGCCCCGGACGAGGAGACCAGGCGGUCGUGUCAGAGCAAAGGAAAGACACAGAUUGAAUGUCAGAACUACAUCCGGGUUCUGCUGGUGAACAAGACGGAGGUCAUGACCUGUGGAACCAACGCUUUCCAGCCGCUGUGUACGACCCGAGAGGUAGGCAACAUGAGCUUUGUGAUGGAGCGGGUGAACGGCGUGGCGCGCUGCCCGUACGACCCUCGCCACAACUCCACGGCGGUGGUGACGGAGAGCGGCGAGCUGUACGCCGCCACCGUCAUCGACUUCUCCGGCCGCGACCCCGUCAUCUACCGCAGCCUGGGGGGCAUGCCGCCGCUCCGGACCGCCCAGUACAACUCCAAGUGGCUCAAUGGUACGCUCCAAAACCCAGUGAUUUAAUAUGCAGAGAUGUGAAAGAGAGAAGCAGCAACUCAAACCAGCAGAUACUCAUAACCAUUCAUCGAUUAUUAGAGUUCAUCAUUUACUGCCAUCCGUUAACGUGAGUUCACUGCUGAGCUGCUCAAAGGCAAACUUCUGUAUCCAUGGAUCAUUCCUGUUCAUUCAAUUCAUUCGUGUCUCUGCAGUGACUUUGUAUGUAAUCUACAGCAUUAAAGAUGCAGAAACACUUGUUUAAUAAUCCACAGUUCUGUCACAGGGCUAGUAACCUGGUGGGUUUGACCCCUCGGUCAUAGUUGUGUCUCCUCAGCUCCCUCCAGGAGCAGCAGAUGAGACAAGUGUGCACUUUUCUGUCCAACACACUCGUCUCGCUCAUCACAGCAGAGGUAGAUGGAUGCAGCCGAGGUGUUUCACAGGAUUACAAAAGGCUGUUUGGAUUGAGAGUUGGUGAGGAACACAUGUCGCGGGUUACACUCAGGUGUGGGUUCUAACACGAGAAGCUGUCGUCCCGCUGGUGUCGGUGUCAAUAAUCUCCCGCUGCUCACGCCGAGUCUUUGUCCCUUCUGCACAAAUGCGUCCACACACUUCCUGACUGCAGCAGAACGGUAGAUGGACCUUCCACGUGUCAUGCACCGCCUCUUUAUACGCAGGAACGGUGCGAUUACUGGACUCAUGGUGCACAGACACAGGGAGGAGGAGGAGGAGGGAGUUAUUUCAGGCCUCAUUUGUUCUGGAAGAAAAGGUCAGACUCAUUUUCUGCAUCACAGACAGAGUUAGGUGUCACUUUGAAGACUCGAAGGGACACGAAGCUCUUCAGGUGCAUCAUUGAGACAAAAGAUGAGCAACUGUGUUGGAAAAUAUCUGCUUCUUCUUCUGGUCAGCCGGCGUUUGCUUUGAGCAGAAGUGACCCCAGACAGGAGGAGGGCGUCCUCUUCUCUCUGGGCUGAACACAAAUCUGGAUGUUUUUGGUUGGAACACCAUUUGGCAAUCGGAAAAUGUGAAAAUCUUUUUUGACACGAGUUUCCGUAAUGUUUCGACCACAUUAACAAAGUCACAUGCAGCUCAUCACAGAUUCAUAAGGUCACCGAUGUGUUUAUGGUUCAAUCGUUUACCGCAGCACAAAGUUCUUCACAGAUCUAGAACAGAAACGACGGCUUGACCUGAAGAGCUUCAGGGUGGAGGUUGCAGCACCCUCCGGGGAUGCGUUCGGAUUUUCAGGUGAGAAAGUCCAGAACUCUACCAAGUGUGAAAUUGAAGCUGAAAGCGUAUUCUUAGUCGGCCCGGCUAAAGUUCCACGUUGGCUUCACUUCUUCUCUCUUUCAGUCGGGUGUUUUGUUUCCACUUCAAACACAGAACAGAUAUGGAAAUAGAAUAUUCUUGAUAAAUAACAUUUGAAAAUAAUAAACCGAAUCUUCAUCCUUCAACAGAAUGAGUGAAUAGCAGAGCAUUAAAACAUUCUAAUAUAAAUACUUUGGCUGCAGUGAACAAUUCGUUUCAGUGAUUAAUCUGAUGAUUAUUUUCUCAAUGAAUCCAUUAAAUGUUUAAAAGUCUUCAAACAGUCCAAAAGCCCAAAAUAUUCAUUUUACAGCGAAAUCUUCACAAAGAAACAAUUUCUGCUUGAUAGAAGACUUAAUGGAUUAGUCCAUCAUCAGAGGUGCUGCUGAUUCAUUUUAUGUUGUAUACAUGUUUUAAUCAACUGAUCAUCAGCAUCAACAAACAAACAGAUAUGCACAUCAUCUGUCAGAGCGGCAGAGUUAUGAUGACAAGCUCAGAUCGAUUUAGGACUUCAGAGAGCUGAGAGAGAGAGAAACAGGACUGGAGAAGAAAGCUCAGGUGUGUGUGUGUGUGUGUGUGUGUGUGUGU